AUCAAACAUCAAAUUACCAAAUCUUGGUUUUGUAAUCUCCCGCCGCUAUAUCGGCCUAUUCACAGGCCCCAGGCCCCUAACGUUUAACCACAAUGCCUAUCAAUAUCGUCGGUUUCGUAGUUAGAGCAAUCAUCUUUAUCUAUUGCACGGGAAUCCUUGUGAUGAUAGCGGUGAUGGAUAUCCUUGGCUCAGGGUUCAGUAGGGCACGAACCGUUGUUGGGGUUAUGGUCUCUACCUGGAGUCUUGCGCUUGUACUAUCUGUUUUUCCCACGACACGGGAAGAAGUUAGGGACCGGCAAGAAAGACUGAUCGGUCCUGUCCAAUUUCUGUCCUUUUUUUUCACUCUCUUUUGGGGUGUAUGGUUUGACCCGUGGUCCGAUGAAUCAAUAUCCGCAGGUCUAUUUGUAGGCGUCUCUCGACACACGGUUAUACUUCUCGGCCACCCCAUAUUCACCCUCUCAAUCGGAUUCUUCGCGGAUCUCAAUUUGCAUCUUAUUGAACUUGAAGGGGAUCCUGUGAGUACAGCAUGCUAUUUCCUUAGCCUACUAGGACUAAUUCACCCUCCUUGUAGCCACAUUCCACUAGCCCCAAAUCACACGGUGGCGAACCCUGAAACUCCCACGCAAAACAGUCACAUUGUCACAGCGCUCCAUUGCGCCAGUUGGUUUUUAUUAUAUGUCGUUUUGUAUGCUACAUUAUUGUCCCUACACACAUACAUUACAACAGCCUGAGGAUGGUACUUAAUUUAAUGCGCUGUUGGCUAUUAAUAUUGGUGUUGCAGAAAGUCUCUGUUCAUUACAGUGAUCACGCAAUCAGCUGCGUCUGACUCUGAAUCGGUACUGGUAGCGCCAC